AUGCAAGCAGCCGCAUCUUGCAGUUGUAACCUCAGGGUCGAGAGCUUCACCAGCCCGGGUUUCUCGUUGGAUGUUGUGUCGUCUCUGAUCAUCGGCUCACAAGCUGCCGCGAUCAUCGACUUGCCCCUCGCGGUAUCUGACGCAGAAAACCUAGCUCAAUGGGUUAAGAAUACGACUAAUAAGCCUCUGUUGGCGGCUUUCACGACGCAUAACCAUCCUGAUCACUACCUGAGCGGAAAGGCGUUCCUCCAACACUUCCCCGAGGCUAAACACUACGCCACUCCUGAGACAGUGCAGGGAAUCCAGAAUGAGGCUCUCAACAAGACAGAAUUUUGGUCUGCGGCCUAUGGGCCCGGCGUCAUCGCUCCCGUCCCCGCGAUUCCGACUGCUUACAACUUCUCCUUCUUCACGCUCCCAGGCGACGAAAAGUGCCCGAUUGAAAUCCUCAAGAAUGUCGGCGGCGAUACGAUUGAUCUAUCUGCUUUCUGGAUCCCGUCCACUAAGACACUGAUCGCUGGUGACGUCGUCUACGGCCACCAGAUGCAUGCCUGGCUUGCCGACCUUCUCACUCCGGCCCUCACAGAGUCUUGGCUCACGACUCUCAACUUCAUCGCGGGCCUCAAGCCUAAUAUUGUUAUACCUGGACACGCGCUAUCAGUCGACAACUUCAGUGCAGUCACCGAUGUCGACCAUACGAGAAACUAUGUUUCUUUCUUCCAGAAGAAUAUCGAAGCUAAGGGUACCGACUUUUACACCCCGCAGGAGAUUUCAAGCAUGAUUGAGGAUGCUUUCCCUGAUCUGACGAAUUUGACCUCUUCAACUACUUCGGCUACCUUGCUCAAUAUUACAUCGGAGAAUUUUGGACGGGGUGGGCAGAGACAGGUGCACUACUUCGACUUGACUAUGUAUAAUGACACGGAUAUCCUGGAUGGGUGGCGCUUGUAA